AUGAAAGUAAAAUCUAGCUUGGCCGUACUAACUGGCCUCAUUGCAAUCGUUAAUGCUCACGGAGACGAACACGGCGGUCACGGUGACGGAGAUCCAAACGCGAACUACGCCCAACGACACAUGGCAUCUGAGCAUCACAUUGAUGCCUUCAAUCCUUCAACCUUUUUCCAGCUUCAUGAUUUAGACCGCAACAACAUCCUUGACCGUAAUGAAAUUGAAGCCAUAUACGGUGUCCACCACGUUUAUAGCAAACGAAAGACUCCUACCGAGGAGGCGCAGGCCGCGAAAGCAAAACAGGUAACGGAUGCGGUGCUGGCGGCGAUGGAUGCCAAUGGGGAUGGUUUUAUUACCAUGGAGGAGUUUUUGGCCAAGGGUCUUGAUGCGCUGCCAGAUUUUAGCGCGCUCGGUGCUGAGGGACAUCACUACGACGUUGAGAGUGAAUUCUUUUUGCACCAUGAGGAAAUGUACCAUAACACACCUGAGACUCAGACUGAUGAAUCUUAUAACCACCCUGAAGACAUCGAACACUUUGCGCACCAUGAAGAAAUCGAGCGUAUCGAAGAAGAGCGCGAGCGCAAGUACGAGGGUCUUGCUGAGGACGGCGUUCACAAGGCCGCACCGGGCGACGAAUCUAACCAGGAUCCCGAGCUUAAACCCGGUCCCAAGUUCACCUAUACUCGAGCUCGUAAGGACGGCACGGAACCCGGGCAGCAUGAUGAAUGGAAGCGCGACGCUGAGAGCAAAGAUGCGUGGGGUCAAGGCGACAAUGGAUACAAGCGUCCAAAAGAGCCAUCUGAUAGGCUUAGGAAAAAUGUUCCUUACAAGGUAAAAGCUCAGGAGGAUCAGGGUGAUAAUAUUGCGGCAAUCCUCAAAGCGAUUCAAGAUUAUUCCACUAGUGAAAGGGAGCCUGGAUGCCUUACGUAUCGCAUUUGUCGCAGUGGAGACGACUUCUUCACUUUUGAAGAAUACGCUAAUGCUGCUGCAGUCCAAGAACAUUUUGAGAUUGAGGGAUUUAAGAAUUUACUGAAAGGGGUUGGCACAGGUACAUUAACUGUUGGGGAGCCAAAGAUAACCUAUUAUGAAGAGAUCUAA